AUGUCGGACCGAGCUGAUCAGCUCAAGCUGCAGGGCAACACGUUCUACCACAAGGGCAAGUUUCGCGCUGCCAUUGACAUGUAUACAGAGGCCAUCGUACGCGUACUUUCCAUUACAAACUCCACUCACUCGCUCGUUCUUUGCUAA